AUGAGCACAGAACGUCGUGCUAGCGCGCUUGGUCCAUCUAUGACGGCCAAUUCGCCUCGAGCACACAACAGCAACGCAAACGUCCCGAGGGACUUGCAACGCCCUGGUCACCCCGACGCAUCCACUAGGCCACCACCACCUGCGAGUCCUGAUCGCAAGCGUCCCCGGUACGAGCCUAGUCUCGGUCGUUCCAACGUCGGAGGAGGUCACACGCACGGCAUGGCUGACGAAGAAGAGAUGGACGAACUCGACGAAACCGACGAGAGGAGCAAAAGGUCUCGAGGAGACUCAAACGAGCCCAAAGUGGAGCGCAAAGGCUCAGGACCAGACAGCACUAGCAGGUCCUCCUCUGCACAAGCACAUCACGCACACUGGGCCGAUCGAUCUGCUUCAGCCAACCUUGAUUCUCGAUACCACCAGCACCAACAACAGCAAUUACAACAUCAUCACCAGUCUCACCACCAUCUACGGGAAGGUACAGAAUUUGGACCAGCGUCAGACUCGCGUCGGUACGAGUACGAACGAUCGCAACCAAGUCGAUAUGAGUCUGCACCAGGAUUGAGGGAGGAAGGACGCCACGUUGGCGGUCUGGUUGGCGAGCGCUACAAUGACGAGCAUGAACGAGAUCCGCGCGAUCGAAUGCAUGGCGAGACCAAGAUGGAGUACAACUCGCCAUCGAUGCGCAUGCCCCCGCCCCACUCUGGAGAGCCGAACUUGUCCAGCUUCCGAAACCGACCAUCUUUGCCUCCACCAAGACUGCCAGGCUUUGCCUCGCUGGAACCUGAAGGAUUGGCUCACCGUUCUCGCGACGAUGCUGUGCUUGGGGGACCUUACUCGAGCUCACCUCGAAGAGGCAUGCCCUACCACCAACCUUCUUACGGUGGCCACCCUCCACCUCCAAGUCGCACACCACUCAUGCACCAUCACCCAAGCCCAACACCUUCCACAUCGUACGGCAACCCUCCGAUGAUUCAUCCUUCGCUUGCUGGAUUGCCAGGUGCAGGAGGUGGACCGGGCGGCAAGCAGCAACCAAGCUUUGUGAGCAAGCUCUACUCUAUGCUGGAAGACCCUUCGAUCUCGGAUUUGAUCAGCUGGGGUUCGUCCGGCACUGUCUUCAGCGUCGCCAACCCUGCCGAGUUCUCGCGCCUUGUUCUCCCGAACUGGUUCAAGCAUUCCAACUGGCAGUCGUUUGUGCGACAGCUCAACAUGUACGGCUUCCACAAGGUGAACCACUCGUAUCAAGGCAACCCCACAGACGAAGUUCAGGUCUGGGAGUUCCGUCAUCCAAGCUUCCGUCGAGGCGAGAUCGCAUUGCUCAACGACAUCAAGCGCAAGAGCUCCCGUCAAAAGAGGGGCGGCUCUCCACGCGGCAGUAUCGGUGGUGACUUGCGUGCCGACAGAAGCGGCGGCAGCUCUACACCCUCGCCAGAGGUGCCUCUUGCUACCAUCCCCGGCGGACCUGAUGGAAUGCGAAUGAUGGGUGGCGGUGCAGCAGGAGGUAUUCCCAUGGGUCCUGGCGGUCAUCGUGGUGGUCGAGAGUUCCCCUACGGAGACGAUCGUAUGGAUCCUCAUGGAUACGGUGAUCGCCGUUCGGAGAUGCGUGGUUUUGGCGGCGAGCGAGGCUACGGCAGCGGAGUUGGACCCGGUUCGGGAGACGACUACGGAUACAUGCGUGGCAAGAUGGAAGAUCCACCUGGCAUGUCGACUCCUGGUGGCCCUCCCGCUCCUGGUGGUAUGGCACCGCCCUUUGCAGGCGAUAACGCACGUCGAGCAGGCGAGCCGUAUCUUGAGAGGGCAGAAGCGAUCGCGCGACUCGAGGAUCUUUCGGAACGCACGGAUGCCAUCAUUCGACAUGCUUCUUUCCUCGAAUCACAGAUCAGGAUCCUCUCGGAUCAACUGGCCGACUCGAGAGCAUUCACAGCACAGAUGGUCCGUGAAGAGAUGGUGCAGAUGCUUGACCGACUUGAGCGGGCGCUCAGCUCGCCACCGCAACCCGGCGUCGACGUGAAUGCAAAGAUGCUUGAAGUGAUUCGAGGGCAGCAUUCCUACUACACACGUGCUAGUGGUGGCCCUCCUCAAGAUCGAAGUGGCAAGCAGCAUACACCCGCCGGCCCUCCGAAACGGCCCAGCAUCUGA